AUGUAUCACUUGAUGAGGUCUCUCUACCUCUACGCGACAAGCAAGCCGGAGUACUCGAUAAUCCUGCUCGGCCUCGAUAACGCCGGCAAGACGACCCUCCUCACCCAGAUCAAAGCCCUUUUCAACACCGCAGUCGAUCCGGCCGGGCAGACUGGCGACGCGGCCCCCUCGGACACGGCGGGCAACACGGUGCCGACCGUCGGACAAAAUGUCGCUACCAUCGAUCUGCCAGACAUGUACCUCAAGAUCUGGGAUGUGGGGGGACAAAUGACCCUACGGAGAUUAUGGACUAGUUACUACAAGAGCGCGCACGCCGUCGUGUUCGUGGUCGACAGUACCGACUUGGGCAGCGGCGAACUGGAUAACGCCCCGAGAACGCCAGGCUGGCAUACGCGGAAAAAGAGCUUCAUGAGCAAGGCAGACGAUGAUGAGCCGCAGACGCCGUGGUCACCGACAACCCCAAUGACACCGGGAAUGCUAUCGUUAGGCCCCUCACAAGGACGGCUCGACGAGUGCAGAGCCGUGCUGGAGAGCGUGCUGGAGAAUGAAGACGCCGCGGGAAUACCUAUCCUGGUACUGGCCAAUAAGCAAGAUCGCGAGGAUAGCCUCGAGGUCGUGAGAAUCAAAGAGGGCUUUGUGAGGAAGGUCUUUGAAGGCGAGAAGGGCGGCAUGGUACGAGAUAGCCGCGUGCUACCAGUCAGUGCACUUCGAGGGACCGGGGUGAAAGAGGCUGUGGAAUGGGUCAAGAGCCGAGUUGUCUGGAACAAACAAAGCCGACCUCCAGUCAUGAGAUGA